AUGACCAGCUGCAUCACUGUCUGGAUGGCUAGACUCCAGAAGAAAAUAGUGAGGACAGCUGAAAAGAUCAUUGGAAUCUCUUCCCCCUCCAUUAUGGACAUGUACACCACACCACCAGUAUUGUGGAGGACCCGACGCACCCCUCACAUAAACUAUUUACCCUCCUGCCAUCUAGACAAAGCUGCAGCACCCCAAUUCCAAGUGUAUGCUCCUCAGCCUGAAGUCAGGGUACAUCUCCACUCUGAGGUUGUGCUACCCUGUGCUUUCACUCUGUCAGCCCCAGAACAAGGCCUGAAGUACAUCAUUAUAACUUGGAGACGAGGUGAGGCAGAGCUGGUACAGUAUAAAGACAGGAAGGCGAAAAUCACCAGCAAGGCAAAGCUGUUUGAACAUGAGCUGCAAAAUGGAAAUGCCUCUCUGCUGAUUCCAGACGUCACCAUUGAGGAUGAAGGAGACUAUGAGUGUGAAGUGUAUGAGACUCCAGUCCUGAAGAAGAAGGAUGUGCAGCUUAAAGUUACCGCUUCUCCUCAAGUCUCCCUGAAGUCUCCACUGCUAGUGAUUGGUCAGAUUAAUAUACUGGAGUGCCACGCACACGACUUUUACCCUAACACCAUUUCAUUAGAGUGGAUUAAAGACAACAAAAGUCUUCCACAUCAAGAGACUCCACUGCUGAGUGAAAAUUCAAAUGGUACUUUCAAUGCAGUGAGCAGAUACAACUAUACGCCAGUCACUGGGGACGAGGGGAUGUCCUUCUGCUGUCUGGUGAACCACGAGGCUUUGGAUAAGAGCGCAACAGAAAUUCACCUCCAGCCCUGCAAACCAACUCUGACAGUUUCACCCAGAGUUCUCCAAAGGGGCCAAAAGGAGAGUGUCACCUGUACGCUGGACAGCUGCCUCCUCAGUAAGGCCACCGUGAGCUGGAAAAGAAAAGGAGAAACUGUUGAGAGAAACGAUUGUGAGGGGGUGAGGGAGUGUGUGUGUAAUUUGAUCGUCACAUUGAACUAUUCAGAGGACUUCUCAUGUGAGGGUGAAGCUGAAGAUCUUGAGAAGCCCCUUGUUGAACCUGACGUUUUUACUUUUAAAGAUCAAGAAAGCUAUCACCUAAUGGAAGUAAUUACAAUUGUGCUUAGUAGCUUUGGGCUGCUGCUGCUGCUGCUCUUUCUAAUUCCCUUAUGCCAUGUAUCGAGGCAUUAAGUGUAAGAACCCAAGCUCAGCGGCUCCUCAGCUGCCCUCCCAUUAUGAGUCAGCUAUGUGGUACCACUGAUGACCUCCUGAACAUUGACUCCUGAAUUGAAGCAUCACCACAUCCAAUACUCCAAUGAGAAAUCUCAAGCUAAUGAAUCCAGAUGAAUCCUCA